AUGACAUCACACGCCGAUACUUCAGUCGAAGUGACCAUCAACAUUCGCAAGCCGGAAGAAGUCACUGGCGCGUCCUUCCGAGUUCCACGAGCUCUGCUUGGAAGUCGAUCUGCGUGGAUUGAAGAAGAGUUGCGCAGCCAGCAUACCGUUACCAUCACACGCCGCUUCGCGGGCCAUCUCCGCGCCGUUUUCCGCGAAUAUAUCGCGUAUCUCAAGACCGGCUCGAUACCCGACACCUGCUCGUCGCCGCUCUAUAUCACCGACCCAAAUGUGGCCCGCUACGCCUAUCUGUUCUACCUCUUCGCGCUGGGCACUAUUGUUAGAGAUGUGCAGCUCCAGAACGAUGUCAUGGAUUUUCUGGUUCGCGUGGUUCAGGAAUACAGGGGAACAGCACGGCAUCCUUUGCCCAGUGAUAAUACGGUUCACUUUGCCUACGACAGCGUCCCACGCGGCUCACCGCUGCGUAGAUUCUGCGUAGAUCUUAUGAUUUGGGCGGGUGAUGCCGAGCGCUUUGGAUGGAAUGACGAGGAUCAUAAAUCAUUGAAGGCUACCGCAAAGGUCUUCCCCAAAGAAUUCAUCAAGGACAUGGCUAGGGAGCUCACUCGAGUCUUGAUUGACGCCGGUAGUGAAGAGGUGAGAUUUGCGGUGAUGGUCUCUCUUAAGGAGCUAGUUCUGAAGGCUCCUGCGGGAAUGGAUGCUAUCGAGGAUGCCAUGUCCAAGAACGAACCCGCUCUCGCGCUCAAGACUGCUAUCAUCAAUAACAGUGAUCCUGCGGGUAUCCUGGAAGCUGUUGCAACUUUGAUGGACAUCCGGGAGAGAAGUCGGGGUGUCAUCGGCAUUCCUCAGGGUAUCACUGAACAAAAUUACCAUGUCGGAAGCUUGGGAGGCGCUAAGCGGAAGCAGGAUGAGCAAGAGGGGGAACAACAGCAGCAAAAUCCUGCUCGUCGUAGGUCAGGGGAAACGGAUGCACAGAGACCUUCACUUAACACUGGCCAAUCUCCAUCACGGGUCAUCCACGGGUUCUCAGUUGCUCGUAAUUCUGGCCAAACGAUCCGAUCAUCGCGUCGAAAAGCAAAUCAGGAUUCCUUCUCUCAGGGUGCCGCCACGAUUUUGGUAUCUGCUAGCCAUGGCCAACCAUGUCAGCCAGUGAUAACGGUGACCGCACCUUCACCGCCUCUCGCCACGUCUUCCCCCUACCCAAACGGUUACGACAAUUCACUGCAGAUCGGGGUUUCUACGGGCUCAUUGAGUCAGCGCCAAGUACCGAAUGACCGGGCGUCGUCGGAUGUCUGCUCAACUUCGUGCCUCGUCCAUGGCGAGAGGACAUCCUCGCAAGGAGACGCACAAGGUGGAAAAUCAAGUGCACUGUGGCAUGCACUCACCGCGCCACCACCACUGCCGCCAGCAAGACGUCACACACCGCACCCGGGCUAUCCUUCAAAUCCUUACGCACCACUGGACGGGUUCUAUCCUAUCUACUAUCCGGUGGCCCGACAGAAUCCUGCCACAGAUUACACAGCGCCGCAGCAAUUCAACUACGCGGGCUACGCGAUACCGCCGCAGAGCUAUUCUCCAAACUACACGACGCCACAGCUGAACUACCAGGCCAACUUUCCGGUACCAGUGCAAAGCUACCACCCUUUAAACUACGUUCCACAUCAGCAGAACUACACCAUACCCCUGAGAAUUCAAGCUCCUUCUCAUGCCUCUGCUGCUCAGUCAACAGACUUCCGGGGAGUUUCGUCGAUGCAGCCUCCUGAGAAGAGUCCCGCUCCGGGACAGGAUGGGAAGACCGAUUGA